AUGUUAACUGUAAUAUUUCGGUAUGCUUUGUCUUACAGCGCCGUGGGUAAAACCUGCCUUCUUAUAAGUUACACCACGAAUGCUUUUCCGGGGGAGUAUAUUCCAACAGUUUUUGACAAUUAUUCAGCGAAUGUCAUGGUCGAUGGAAAACCAAUCAAUUUAGGUUUGUGGGACACAGCUGGUCAAGAGGAUUAUGAUCGAUUGCGACCACUAAGUUACCCACAAACAGACGUCUUUUUAAUAUGUUUCUCACUUGUCAAUCCUGCUUCUUUUGAAAAUGUGCGUGCCAAGUGGUAUCCUGAAGUCUCUCAUCAUUGUCCAAAUGCACCAGUCAUUUUAGUGGGUACAAAAUUAGAUUUAAGAGAAGAUAAUGAAACUGUUGAACGAUUGCGAGAAAGGCGUUUAGCUCCAAUUAAUGCUGUGAAGUACUUGGAAUGUUCUGCAUUAUCACAAAAAGGACUGAAACAAGUAUUCGAUGAAGCCAUACGUGCUGUUUUGAUUCCGCCACCGAAACCAAAACGAUCAAGAAAAUGUACUAUACUUUGA